AUGAACCACCACCAUCACCACACGCAGCAGCAACAGAAAGCCGGCGAGCAGCAACUCAGCGAACCAGAGGACAUGGAAAUGGAAGCUGGGGACACAGACGACCCGCCAAGAAUCCCGGCCAACCCAGUGAUCAAUGGUAACGUGGCCAUGGCAGAUGGACACAACAACACAGAGGAGGACAUGGAGGACGACACCAGUUGGCGGUCAGAAGCGACUUUCCGCUUUGUGGUAGAGCGCUUCAGCCGCCUGAGUGAGUCUGUGCUCAGCCCGUCCUGCUUUGUUCGGAACCUUCCGUGGAAGAUAAUGGUGAUGCCGCGCUUCUAUCCCGACCGGCCACACCAGAAGAGUGUGGGCUUCUUCCUGCAGUGUAAUGCAGAAUCAGAUUCCACGUCAUGGUCGUGCCACGCACAGGCCAUGCUGAAGAUCAUCAACUACAAAGACGAUGAGAAGUCUUUUAGCCGCAGGAUCAGCCAUCUGUUCUUCCACAAAGAGAAUGAUUGGGGCUUCUCUAACUUCAUGUCCUGGAGUGAUGUGACUGAUCCUGAGAGGGGCUUUAUUGAUGAUGACAAAGUCACAUUUGAAGUCUAUGUCCAGGCAGAUGCCCCGCAUGGAGUGGCAUGGGACUCUAAGAAACACACAGGCUAUGUAGGACUAAAGAACCAGGGAGCUACCUGCUACAUGAACAGCCUUCUACAGACACUCUUCUUCACCAACCAGCUACGACGGGCGGUGUACAUGAUGCCCACAGAGGGAGAUGACUCGUCCAAGAGCGUUCCGCUAGCACUGCAGAGGGUUUUCUACGAGCUGCAACACAGCGACAAACCUGUUGGCACCAAGAAACUCACCAAGUCCUUUGGAUGGGAAACACUAGAUAGCUUCAUGCAACACGAUGUACAGGAGCUGUGCAGAGUGCUCCUGGACAAUGUGGAGAACAAAAUGAAAGGCACUUGUGUUGAGGGAACCAUCCCUAAGCUCUUCAGAGGAAAGAUGGUGUCAUAUAUCCAGUGUAAGCAUGUGGACUACCGGUCAGAGCGGAUAGAGGACUACUAUGACAUCCAACUUAGCAUAAAAGGAAAGAAGAACAUUUUCGAGUCUUUCAAAGAUUAUGUUGCAACCGAACAGUUAGAUGGAGACAACAAAUACGAUGCAGGAGAGCAUGGCCUGCAGGAAGCAGAGAAGGGAGUGAAGUUCCUUACUUUCCCUCCAAUCCUCCAUCUGCAGCUGAUGAGGUUCAUGUAUGACCCACAAACUGACCAAAACAUCAAGAUUAAUGACAGGUUUGAGUUUCCUGAUCAGUUACCCCUGGAUGAGUUCCUUCAGAAGCAAGACUCCAAGGACCCAGCCAACUACAUUCUGCAUGCUGUGCUUGUACACAGCGGGGACAACCACGGCGGUCACUAUGUUGUCUAUCUUAACCCAAAAGGAGACGGCAAAUGGUGUAAGUUUGAUGAUGACGUAGUGUCGCGGUGCACCAAGGAGGAGGCCAUAGAGCACAACUAUGGUGGACAUGAUGAUGACCUCUCAGUGCGCCACUGCACCAACGCAUACAUGUUGGUCUACAUCCGGGAGUCUAAGCUCAGCGAGGUGCUCCAGCCAAUGACUGACGUGGACAUCCCCCAGCAGCUGGUGGAGCGUCUACAGGAGGAGAAAAGGGUGGAGGCACAGAAAAGGAAGGAGCGCCAAGAGGCUCACCUCUACAUGCAAGUCCAGAGGGUUCUCCAAGUCAACAACAAAAUGGCCAACUACACCUCUCUGACUGAGAGCAACCUAUUGGCAGCAGACAAGAACGUCCGCACUCUAGCUGAGCUGUGGCAGACAAUUGUAACAGAGGACCAGUUCUGUGGUCAUCAGGGCAAUGACAUGUAUGAUGAGGAGAAGGUGAAGUACACAGUCUUCAAGGUCCUGAAGAGCUCUACGCUGCAAGAGUUUGUCCAGACCCUCUCCCAGACCAUGGGCUUCCCACAGGACCAGAUGAGGCUGUGGCCCAUGCAGGCCCGGAGCAAUGGAACGAAGCGACCCGCCAUGCUCGACUACGAGGCUGACUGCAACAAGUCGAUGAUCGACUUGAGUGACAAUGAGAACCCCUGGACAAUAUUUCUGGAGACAGUGGAUCCAGAGAUGGCGGCCAGUGGGGCAACAUUACCCAAGUUCGACAAAGACCGAGACCUUCUACCAGUCAUGUGUGAGAGAGCAGGGUUUCAGCAGGAAACUAGCCUUAUCCUCUAUGAGGAAGUAAAACCCAAUCUAACGGAGCGGAUACAGGACUAUGAUGUCUCUCUGGACAAGGCCCUGGAUGAGCUCAUGGACGGGGACAUCAUUGUCUUCCAGAAAGACGAUCCAGAGAACGACAGCAGCGAGCUGCCUACUGCCAAGGACUAUUUCCGGGAUCUCUACCACAGAGUGGACGUCAUUUUCUGUGACAAAACCAUCCACAACGACCCUGGCUUUGUCGUUACACUCUCUAACCGCAUGAACUAUUUUCAGGUGGCCAAGACAGUAGCGCAGAGGUUGAACACAGAUCCCAUGCUGCUGCAGUUCUUCAAGUCACAGGGGUAG